CUCACAAUGAACAACAGACACAACCUUGCUGUUUCCCAGCACAUUUAGGACAUUCACCAACUGACAUUACUCUAUAUCAUUGUCAAAGUUAAUGGAGAACCAAAAAAUACCAAAGGGAAACCAAAGACAUAUAGCUUUUGCAACAAAACUAUUUAGAGGGGGCCCCCAAGUUGAAGAAACACCAAAGCUUCACAAAUGCAAGAGUGUCAGGCUUAAGUGUCACCCACAUAAGUCUGAACCAGCUGGUCUGAUUGAGAAAACAUUGCAAGAAGCUGAUGCUUUCUGUAGACGAGAAGGAGCACAACAUUCAGAAGACCUUAACUGUCUGAAAGAGAUCAAGAAGAAAGUAUAUGAAAACAAAGAAGAUAAAGAUGGUGAUCAUGAGCAAGACGGAUUUGUUCAUGCGGACACCAGGGAAACAACGGAGGCAAAGACACAAACUGGAAUUGAAGAUAUUUUUCUGGAGAUAAAGAAAGACUUGUCAUCGUUUGUGGAGAUUGAUCUGGGAGACAGACUUGAAGAGAAGACUGAAGAUAUCUUAACAGAGGACAGAAAGCGGCAUGAAAAAGAAGCAGAACCUCCUGAAAUUGGGCUCUGGAGCAGCUGGCUUUGCUGUUUUCCUAUCUGGACAAAGCAGAGGAAGCAAAAAGAAAAACAGGAGUAGCCACAAAAUAGGGCUCCCCAGAGUUUCAGAAUAUGAAAGCCAAUAUUGAAUGAAAGGACACCAGUGUGGAAUGAGUGGCCAGCCAAAGACUAA